UAAUCAUACAUUUUUCAUUUUGAUAAUUAUGCAUGUAUGAUGUAAGACAGUUCCUGUCUGUUAGAAUAGUACAUUGCUAAAUUGAAAUCUUAGUCCUUGAUAAUUGUUUUGAAUGAUUUGGUUUAUUAACCUGUAUAAAGUUAUAGCAUAUACCAAGGGAGCUUAUUGUUUGUGAAAUACAUACACAGUAUAUAUUCUUGUAAUUGUCUAAUGCAAAUAGUGAAUUAAAAAUAAUGUAAUGGAUUUCCUUAUUCUAUGAAACUCAAACAUUAUCUCUGUGUUGCUAAAUCAAGUUUCAUUCAAGUGACAAAUGUUGAUUAUUUCAAUGUAGAAACAUUUGUAUUUAUAGAAAAUUAAAACUUGUUAUUUUUCAGAUUUCUAAACUGGCAUUAAUAACUCAAAAAAGGUUCCUCCAGGAUCAAUUGUUAAAGAAAAUAAAUAUUUUUAUCAUAAUUUUACCCUAGUUUCUUUUUGUACAAUUAAGGUUCAGACUUAUUUUACAAGAUACAUUUGCACACAUUCAUGAUCAGGAUGUGAGUUGUCUCCUUUGAAGUUGAAUCUUUAUAACUUGUAUAGCAUUGAACAUAGGGAAGUAUUGUUAUAAGAGGGCUGUGAGCUCUAGUCAUGUACAGAGCUGAUUUAUUAACAUCCUGAUGUGUUCUAUUAGUAUGCAGCUUGAGGUAUUUCACCCACUGAGGGUUUUUCAGUUUGAGUAGUUAUUAAAUAACAUGGACUUGUACAUCCUUGGCUCAAAGAUUGGCCUGAUGUUCUCAGUUUCUGUGGGUUUGAUAAUCAUUAUGGCUGUUUUAGGCCAGAGGAAGAAUUGUUUUUGGGUGGGGAUUAUGAAAUGGUCAGAGUGAGAAUUAAUUUCCUGAAACUUGAGUCUUUAUAGCAAUGAUGUAAGUCAAGUACUCCAAGUUCGGGUUCUGGCUACUCAUCUGUCCAACCUACAUGGAGUCCAGCUGGCAAGAUGUGCUGAAUGUCACCACCUAUCAUCUAGCAAGUAAUAAGGAAUUAGGGCUUCGCUGGUUUUCUCAACUUAGAUCAAAUAAGGAGAGGGUUCAGUUCUGCUUCAACUAUCAAAUAUUUAGAAACAAGCUUUCAUUUUGGUUAAACGUAAUUUGUGGUUCACAACACAAGAAACAUUGGGAAAAGGCAUCUGAGCUGCGAGUGGAGGGAAAUCGAUGUUUUCAUGAUAAAGACUUUGGCAAAGCUGUUGAAUGUUAUACACAGAGCAUUUUAUCAGCUCCCUUUCCAAGACCCAAUGAUGCUGGGGAACAUCAUGAAGAGCUAGCUCUGGGGUUUGCCAAUCGCUCUGCUGCACUGUUUCAUCUUCAUAUGUAUAAGGAGUGUCUCAAAGAUAUUGAAAGAGCUUUUCAACAAGGAUAUCCUCAAGAAUUAAGCUACAAGCUCUAUCAAAGAAAAGGAAUGUGCUUACACUAUCUUAAUGAUUAUAGUUAUGCAAAGCGAGCUUUUUCAGAAGCAUUGCAUAUUCUAAAGGAAGGUAGACUUGAUACUAAGAAAAUGGAAAUUCAAAAGAAAGAGAUACAGAACUUACUGAAGCUGUGUGAGACACCAAGACAUAGCAUGCCAAAAGUUCAACCAUAUGACUGUGAUGAUAAACAAACUCUACCAGACAUUUCCUAUGGACGAAAUUCUAACUUCCCAUCCGCUUCCAGUGCUGUAGAUGUUCAAUGUAAUAAGGAAAAAGGACGUCAUGUGGUGGCAAACCGAAUGUUGUCUGCUGGUGAUACGAUUUUUGUGGAAACACCUUAUGCCUCUGUUUUAUUACCCAAUUUUUAUACAACAAAUUGUCACCACUGCUAUGAUAAACUGGUUACAGCAGUUCCAUGUCACCAGUGUUCUCAAGUUCGAUAUUGCUCAGAACAUUGUUGCAAAGAAUCGUGGGUGAAGUACCAUAAGUGGGAAUGUGGUAAUCUGGAUCUUCUUCAUUCCGUAGGCAUUGCACAUCUUGCAUUUCGUAUUAUUCUAGUAACUGGGAUGCCAUGUUUAUCUGAGUUUUUGAAGAAUAAGGAUAGAACUGAUGACCAAGAAAUGUACUUGGAUACAGAAAGACAGCAUUGUAUAAGGAACUACUUGAGAGUUUACCACCUGGUUACUCAUUCACGAGAGAUGUACGUUGAAGACAAUUUUCAAUAUGCUUUGACUGCUGCACUCUUGCUACUUCUUUUGAAGAAGGUGAGAUUUUUCUGUAGCGAUGAUAACCAUACCUGUUCUGAUGGUUGUUCUGAUAUUUCCUUCGAAAGUACUCCUUUUAACAAGGAAGAAAGCUCGGGAAAUAAUUCUCAGGAUCCUUCUAAUAACAGUGACUUUAUUCAGAAUUUGUUAAUUAAUUCUCAUGACAAGACAUCUUUGGUGGCUGCCACUGGAGGUUUGUGUUUGAGACAUAUUCAACAGCUUGUAUGUAAUGCUAGUGCAAUAACACAGCUUCAGACUUUCCAGGCUGAAAAUGAAACUGUUCUUAUGGAGAAACAAGUCAGAGUUGCAACAGCUUUUUAUCCAUCAUCAAGUCUGAUGAACCAUUCAUGUGAUCCCAAUAUUAUUACCAGCUUUCAUAAAGACAAGUUGAUAGUUCGUGUGGUAAAAAAAGUUUCACCUGGUGGAGAGGUGUAUAACUGUUAUGGGCCACACUUUCGAAGAAUGAGCAGAGAGGAUCGUCAGAAGGCUUUAAUAGAGCAAUACUUUUUUGUCUGUAAAUGUGAGGCUUGUGAAGGAAAUGGUGAAUGGGAAAACAAGUUUCAGGCUUUAAGGUGCAAUAGUUGUGAGGGCCCAUUGAGACCAUUAAAUGACAUAAGCCGAACCUCUUGUAUUGACUGUGAUAGAGAACAAGACUGUGCCAUUCAACAACAGAAACUUUUUGCAGCCCAUGAUCUUUUUAUUCAAGGGUUACAACUAGCUGAAAAGAAGUUUUUCAAAGAUGCUUUAGAGAAGCUACAGAAGUGUCACAAGAUUCGAGAAAAACUGUUGUACAAACAUCACAAGCAGCUGGCUGAAGUUAGAGAUAAGAUUGCUUGGUGCUACAGCUCACUUGGGGAGUUCUGGUUGGCUGUUGGUUUCCUAAGACCAACAUUAGUCACUACCUCUGAACAGUUUGGUGCACACAGCAUCGAGAUAGCAAAUGAACUACAGAAGUUUUCUGACCUCUUAUUAAAUGCAAUUCCUCAGUUGCUUCAAGAAGGGCAUAAUUCAAAAGAAAGCUUUAUUAGGAAUGUCUUUCGGGAGUCCCAUGAAGUUAUUUCAAGAGCUGUGGAAAUCUUUUCCAUUCACUAUGGCUCCCAUCAUGUUGCUGUGAAAGAAUUAAAAGAGAAAGAGAAACAACUGGAAGGACUUUCCUGACUUGAAUGGAGUUAAUGACAGUUUAACAUGUCAGUGUGUAAGAUAUACGAUUUUGUUGUAUUAAGUUGGUCUUUAUUUAGUUAAUAGCCCAGGAAUUUUAGGAUCCAGCUUAAAAAACAAUAUUGUAAAGCUGAAAAUCUCACUGUUGCUAGAGUUUUUCUCACUCAUCUUGGAUUUUUGCUCUACCUGCUAUAACUUGUGACAGAUAAUAAUUUUUGCAUAAUUACUUAAUUUUUAUGCAAAUAAUUCUGAAAUUCCAUAUUUCAUGCUAUUUUUAUAUCAAGCUUUUCUUUUUGCAUUUCAUAGCAUUUUAGCAGCAAUGGAUGUGAAAAUGUUCCAAAUAAAAGUUUUAAGUCAUUAUUUGAGCUAUCAAUCUGAUAUAGAACUUAUGAAUCCUUCCCAAAUAGUGGGGAAAUCAUGGGUCAGCAUCACAGGAAUAUGCACUUCAGAACCCUUUACAAACAUGAACAGACAUAAAUAUUCAUUCGGAUAUACUUUUUUUUAAAUUAACUUUCUUGAUACAGACUCAGUCAUUUAGAAUGUCCUUGUAACUGCCAGGUAUAGACCUUAAUGCUUGACACAAUUUGGAGCUUCUCAGGGGGGCUUCAUCCAUUCAAACAAUACUUGCAUCAGUAAGUGAUUUCAAACCAUGUCUAACUUCAACAGCAUCUUUGCUUUUCAGAGGGGGGAGCCCAAGAAAGGAAGGAAAGAUAGAAAGAGGGAGAGGAACACACAUACUUUGAUAGACUUGAUAUAAAAACAAUUGUGCUCCUCAUCUUGUCCAACAAUAAUUUAAGGAAAUAUUCUAUUAUGCAUCACAGGGCCCAAAGAACUGAUCUACUCUAAAUUUUUACAAUGCAAUAUUUUAUAGCAUAUUGAAAUGUAGGCUGUAAAACAAGUUGACUUUGAUAUCAUUGACCAUUUUGCUGCAAAGAAAGCUCAAAAAGGUUAUAUGUGAAUUUACCGUUAAAUCAUUCUUUUUCUUGCAUCAUUUGAUGUUUUUGAAUAAAGUUGCUAGUCACAACCUGUUUUCCAUUUUCAUUGCUUACACAAAAAAGUCCAAAGAGUUAAAAGGAUAAGGAUGAUAUACUGGUGAAGGGGAUUGAAGAUGAGGUUAGUGAUGGUGGUGGUGAUAGGGGUGAAGAUGGGGUGGGAAAGGGGAAGAGGUAAAACUGUAGGAUUACAUUUGGAAAAGUACGCUUUAAAAGGGAAAAUGAUUGCAUCAAAACUUUGGCCAUCAGAUGGCAUGUACAGGGAGGAUGAUACCAGGGCCUGGAAUUUCUUUGAUGGGCUCUGCACAAAAGAUAAUUAAAUAUCACAUCCAUUUCUGAAAAGAGAGAAAACAUUUUUUACAAUACAGCUCUCUCAAUAUCUAAAUUUAAUGAAUGCAUAAUGAAGAAGUAAACAACCAGUAAAGUGUCUGUUGUAUCAUCUGCAAGCGUUACCAGAACAAAAAGUAAAGACGUUAGCAAUGUUUGCUACUCAGUACUUUGUAUCUUACAUUUAACUGUCAUAAAGUAACACCAGUGGGAUGUAUUAUUAUGGUAAGCUGAGCCAUGAGAUUGCAUUAAUCCAAAAUGGUUGCAUUCAGGGUGCUCACUAGUGCAGAAUUCCAAAGUUAUAUUUCAGAUCACUAGCUCAGAUAAUGGUCUAAAAUUUUUAUAUGGAACAUUUUCCAAUUUGAUGCCUCUUAAAAUGCUAGAAAUUUCAAACAACAGGAAAUGUAGUUACAAAAAAUACAAUACACUCUCUCUGUAUGAAAUUAUUCAGUCAUUGUCUAAAAAAUUGUAAUUUUUCAAUGACAAACUUUAUAAGGAACAUUUCUGUGAAAACCAUGCAUUUGUACAAGCAUUGGGUCACAAGUUCAAUCAGGUAGAGCAAAAAUUCAAAAUGUCAUUUUUUCUAAGUAAAUGAAGUGAAGUGGAAAUAGGAUUUUUUACUUUUGAUAUAUUAUUCAGCAAGAAAAACUACAAUUAUUAAAAUUUUCAGCUUUACAUGACUUUUUACCCUGCAUUAGUCGUUUGUAAAAAAUUUCCAUUGUCACUUAUCCAGGGUCCAAGUGGAUCUAAUCAUAAAAAAAACUGUUAUUUUGGAAACAAAAAACACUAACACUCAACGUUUUUUCCUUUGUUAAUAAAUAAUUGAACACUGAAUAUUCCAACUUGUUUCUUUUUUACCACCUAAACUAAGUGUAAUAAUUUAACACAAACUAGCCGAAUAUUGAAGCUACUGAGAGCAACAAACAUGUACAUCCUUCCAUCUGUCGGUGUCAAUAUUUACAAAAUAUUUGGAGUUUGUGAAGACCUGGAACACUAAUGCAAGGUUACAUUAGGUCAAAUGUCUGUUUAAAAUUCCUGGUCUAUUAGAGCCAGACUUUGUCACAAGCAAGAGACAUAGAAAAAUACUGUAAAUCCUUGAAAUGCCCUUGAUGUACACUUCAAAUUGACUUAUCUAAUAUAUAAAUGUGAAAAGUCCAAGGUAGCACAUAUUGUUUAUUUAAUCCAUUUAACCCUUCAUAAUACAUUUCUGAGCAAACUUUAUAUUGCGUUAUUCUUCCUAAUUUCACGUGCAAUUCUGAACUUGCCUGAUUUAGUGCUUGUAAGACUGAAAGUAAAUUUUUCUUAACACUCUGACACAUUCCUAAAGCACAUGCUUACUUUUCCAAAUUUGUAUUGUACAAUCUCUUGCAUAGUAUUUUAUAAAAUCUAUUGGAUUAAAUAUAUUAAAUAAAGGGCUGCGUGGACUUUAUUUUAUUUAAAAGAAAUAAAUAGGAGAUGGAAUACAAUCUACAUACAGAUGUUAAUAAUGGAGAACUUAAUUACUAAAUGUUUUCCUGGCCACAUUACCAGCUGAAACGUUGGUAUAUUUUUAUUGAAUGUUGAUUCUACUGGUUCUGUAUUUAGGAAUCUACACGAUCAUAUUUUUAAAUUUAAGUUUUAUCUUCUUUCAGUCUCUGCAUCCAAAAUAACUGAUUGUGAUUUAUUAACCUUGUGGGAUUUUGAAGUUUGUGUUCUUUAUGUGUGUAAAUGUGCAAAAUUUGUUUUACAAGUUUAAUUAGAUUUACCACGCUUUGCUUAAAUGUUGCAAUGAAUAAUUGUAACGAUAGCUUAUAUGAAGAUUAAUAAAACAGAGUUUCGAAUAUGAUAAAUUAAUAUAAUUAAAUUAGAAAUAUAACUAGAAAUUAUUAUUAGCAGUCAUAGUCAUUUUGGAUUUUUAUUUACAUAUAGUUUUUGUUUAACCUUCUUACUAAGAUAGAACAAAUCAUGUUUUGUUUUACAAAAUAAAGUUUAAAAGGAUUUACUAUACAUAAUGUAUAGAAUUGGUUAAUAAAAAAGAACUUGAAACAUUCCAUUAACUUCAAAAUAUCUACAUUUUAUGGUACUGCAGCCUUAACAGUGAUGUUUGUGGAUCUCUCCAAGUUUGUGUGAUACAGUUUUCAUUCAUUUUGGAUAUAUAAGUGUAGAAUCUUCUAUUGCUAUAUUUGGUUAGAAAGGAUAAUACAUUUGUACAAAUUGUACUUAAGAGUAUGGUUAGAUGAGACUUUGUGGUGUUAUAUUUGUAUUGUAUGUAUGUAUGCUGAACAUAAAAAAAUAAAUUGAUGACAAAGUUUUUAACACCCAGUUUAAAGGCUAUAUUUCUGAACAAGUUUUACAUUAUUCAGUUCAGAAAAGUAGUCCUUUGUGAAUAUGGUAGUUUCUACAGACCUUAAACUUGGCUGGUCUUAUUACCAAAUUAAUAUUUGUAGAUACAGAACAUACAAUUUUGAGGAGUAUUUGUAUAAACCUGAAGCUUGGCUUGUCUCAUGACCAAAUUAAUGUUUGUAGAUAAUAAAUAUAUGGUUUUUGUGCAGCAUUUCUAUAAGCUUCACAUGUACCUUGGCUGAAGGCUAAUUCAUAUAUAUGUUUGAUACUAUGGGAAUGUAAGUGUAUAGUUCAAUAAAGGGUUUUUUACAGUUAGAUAUAUUAGAAAAAUAAUUUUAGAUUGCACACAUUAUGUGAACUGUUAUUGAUUUGUACUGGUGGUUUUAUGAUUGAAUAUUUUAAAUCACCUACUAGUCUUUCACUGAAUGAAUUAGCGAUCCAAUUAAUUAAUCAGAAAAGUAAAUUUGUCAAGUGUGUGUUUUAAGGAACACUAACCCUUUCUGUAUUCAACUAAUUUAUCAGUCAUUGGUUCUAACUAAAUUGUAAAUUUUUUUAUUUUGUUGGUAAAAAUUCAGUUCAUUUGAAAGUUACAAAGUUUUAGUCUACAUUCAUAUUUUGACCUUGUAAUCACAAUGAUUGAUACACUUUUUUUUUUAUUGAUAACAAUAUAUAGCAGCCAAUUUUUAAACCGUAUAUAGAUCUAACAUGUCCAAGGAAGGACAUCCAAGAACAUUGUGUUCAAAUUUUGUUUGUGUGACAGUGUGAUGAAUUAAAGUUUGAAGAUUUUCCUUAAUAAACUUGUACUUCAACAUA